GCGGUUGGCAGCCCUGCGCCCCCAUCCCCGGCCCGUACCCCGUGAGGAGGAGGAGGAGGUUCCAACGGCUGUGAUGGCGUGAUGGCGGGCAGUUCAGAUGAAGGAGACCGCCGGGGAGAAUACUUCCGUCCUCUCCCUCGCACGGAUGGAAGAACUGUGACCCCGAAAAUGCCCACUUUUAACUACUUCGACGCCGGCUUCUUGCUGGUGUCGAUGGCGACGUUCGCGGUGGACGUUGGGACAGAUUUAAACUUAGUAAUAAGAUACUUCCUCGGGGGUUCGGUAAUAUGGGCUGGCCUCACCCUGGCGUUAGUGAUAGUUCCGGCUAUUGUGGUAAUGAUCAUGUCCAUGAAGUGGCACUAUGGCGAGGCUGAGGCAGAGGCAGUGUAUGCAGCAAGUGAUGUUGAACAAGCUACUGAAAGUGAGAAUAAGCCAGCAAAGACCUCCUCUGUCUCCAAGUUAUGCUGGCUUGCUCAUAUCUGCCUUUGGGGUAUUUUGCAUAGGUACAUUCUCCUGUUUAAGACUGGGAUAAGAGCACAGAAAACCAAAGACACCGAAGACUUCAGAGACAUGUACCGACAACAGAGUGAUGUGUGCAUGUUGCGGCUGUUUGAGUCCUUCCUGGAAUCAGCACCACAGCUCGUCCUGCAGCUGUAUAUCAUGAUGUCUCACCAUGAUUACAGUGCCUGGACAGCCAUAACUGCUUUGUCCUCAAUGGCCUCCCUGGGGUGGGGCAUUGCGGCCUACACCAAAGCCAUGCGGAACACCCUGCCAGCCAAGCACAAGAUGACUAUAUCUGGGCUUGUUCUGCAGACUUUCUGGCGAAUGGGCAUGAUUGCUGCCAGGGUGGCUGCACUUGCACUGGUUGCCACUGUCCUUAAUGAGUGGCUCCUUGUGAUCAUGGGUGCACACUUGCUGGCGAUGUUCAUUUGGGUUGUCAAGCAGAAAGCAGAGUAUGGGGCUUCCACUUUAGAAAAGAUGAUUUUCAACUUCAUCAUGGCUGUCAUCUGUUGCUUUUGCUUCUUCAACUUAAAGGAUGGUAGGUCUCGGUAUCGUAUGCUGGCCUUUUAUACAGUCACGGUGGCGGAGAACACAGCAUUUGCCCUCUACUAUUUCUUCUUGAGUGACCACCAGCAGGUCUUGCGGUUAGCUGCCCUUGGUCUGGUGUUUGGGGGCAUGGCUCUUGGUCUUCUGUGUUUAGUCAUAUAUUACCGGUUCUUUCACCCAAUUGGACCUAUCAAGAUGUUCAUGAAAGACUUACCAGCUGACCAAGAAAACGGAGGAAAAGAUGCAGAUAUUUGCCACACACUAGAUUCCAAUGGUAACAGCACCUUCAGAGAAUCAACUAGGAGAAACAUUAAAUAUAUGUAUGCUGCUUCAACACGAAAGACAGCUGAAUGCAUUCUGUCAGCCCCAGGAGUGAGCUUGGAGAGCUCUCCAGCAUCCUCUGCAUCACAGUCCUCCCCUCCUCUGGUGUCCCAUAUCCAGCGCCCUGUGGAGAUGAUGUGCUCAGUGCAGGAUCUUCUAGCCAAUGUGUCUUGCACCAGUGAGAUGCAAGUUGCCGAGGUGGGUGAGGAAGGUGCUUCUCAGAGCCAGGGCGAGGAGCCUGAGGAGAAGAACUCUGAGGAGAGUCCGGUGGUGGUGGAAGCGAGUCCGAGCUCCCUGGAGAGGACAGUGACAAGGGAGUUGGAAUACCGGCUCUCUCACUCUGAUUUCCAGAGUCUCUGCAGUGCAGGGGAGCAGAGUCCCGGCACAACAGAGGCAGCAAGUCUACCCCAAGAGUCUCAUCAGGUGUGUGUUAAAAGUGUCAAUAGUGGUGCAGCCAUCAGUGAAUCAGUCCAUUCUAGUCCCAACAGUGUGGGUAUUCCCCAAAAAUCAAAAACAACAAGUCAAACAAGUGUCAGAAGUGGGUUGCUGUCAGGCAGUCAACAUAGCGGCUCAAGUAUAUUAAGAACAAGUGUGAGAAGAAGAGAUGCAACAACCUCAGAGACAGAUGUGAGACUCACAUCACUGCCUCACAUCACAACUAGUACAAUUAACCUUACCUCGAAGUCACAAGAAAUGGAGCUAGAUCAUAGUGAUGCUCAGCUCUCCAAGGCCCCAGUGCCCAAUGUAGAGCUUGCAGUCAUUGAUCGAAUGCACAUCAUUGAAAUGGAAUCCUCAGGAACCAGCUCAGAGAACCAGUCAGAUUAUGAAAACAUUUAUGAGGGACAAGAAGCCAGGCGAAACCUCCCUCCAAAGCCUGCUAACCUUGUUAUUGCUCAAAACCUUAAUGAAACACAGUCAACACAGGCCUCUGUGCCACAUGACUAUGAAAACAUUUGUGCUGUCAACAUAAACAGGGCAAUGUGGGGUCUUCGUCACUGGAAAACCUACUCAGACAUUGAGGACAGGAUUCAUGAUGACAGUACAUAUAAGGAGAGACUUAAGGCAUUGGACAGCACUCUGAUGUCUAGUUUCCACUCUGACUACAGUUCUGUCAGAGGUUUACAGGCAUUGAGAUCAAACAGUGUUAUUGAUGAUUCAGAAUCUGUUUUGUCUAGAUCACUGCCAGAUUUAAGCACCCUUCGCCUGGAAACCUGUCUAUGAGAUAGAAACUGAUAAUAAGCAAGUCUCAGAUGAAGCAGAGGAUGACAACAGGCUCAUGGCAGUUCUGAACCAGCUUCGAGCAAGCAAAUCCAUGAACAAGUCUAGUUCUGUGGACAACAUUCCCAAUUAUGAGACUAUUUGGGUUGGAGAUGUUGCAAAGCCAGACACCUCUAAUACGUCAUCACAGAUGAGUUCCCUAACGAGCAAGUCUUCCUUGGUAGUCACCAUUGGUGAUGUUCGGGCCAAGGAAUCUCUCUGCAACCUGUAUUACUCCACAAUGUCUGACCUUUCAUUCAGAUAUUACAGUGAGAGAAUGAGGAAGAACAGCUCUUCUGGUUCACUUGCUUCCAAGCGAAGCACACGUGAUACCUCAAGGGAAAUGAUGAGAGCAAUUUCUGUCCCGGACAACAAGACCUUGUUGGAGGUGAGUCAGCUGAUAGAGGAGCAAAAGAAGAGGGAAGAAGAGGAAGCCAAGCAGAUCAGCGGCCAAGGGGGAACUACAGUAGCUACUCCAUGCACGCCUCGCCCAUUGAAGUUUGGCCCAGGAGCCACCCCAGUACGGUCAGACCCAUCCAACAACAGGCCAAGAAGAAAGUUCUCUAUGUUACGUGAAAGAUUUGAGAACCCCAACUGGACGCCUCUGCGUUCACCCAUGAAAAGACGUCCCUCAACCCAGAGAAGAAACUCCUUCCAAGACAGGACUGCAAAGGCACUCCAAGCAGGCAUGAAGGUGUUCAGGAGGCCUCGGGUCCAUGUCAUUACACCAAAGAAAGGGGAAGACAAGAUGGACACCCCUCGCCUCAAGAGUCCUUUCAAGUCUAGGAAUGUAACACCAUCCAACACCCUGGGCAUGAAGAUUGGGCCAGAGCCCCUCACCACAGAAACAGCUCUGAAGACAAGGCUUUUGGAAAGUGAGGGUGCAACAGCCAUCCAUAAAACUCCCCACAUCAAGACUCCUGCUGACAACAGGCUCACCAAAAGAACACCAAAGACCAGCACUCCUGAGAACAAACAACCCCUUGUCAAGAAGACUCCAGUUCCUAUCAAAGGAGCCAAGAACCUGACUGAAGGCCCUAAGACAAGCACACCUGAAGGAAAUAAGCAACUGCCCCAGAUAAGCAUUCUCAGUGCUGUGUCCAGUGUUGUGCCAUCUCCAGAAAGUGUACUUAAGUUCAACCUUUCUGACCACCAGCAAAGGAUCCCCUUGUCAGAAAAUGUCCACCAAAUACGCACAAGCUCCAAGUCCCUGGCCAUGCCAGCCAUAAAGGAAGCAGAAUACAUUCCAAGUGUUCUUUUGCCAAAGCCAUUUUAUGGAUCACUUCAGUCAGGAGUUGCUCAUGGUAGCCAGAGUCUUGCACUAAAGCCUACCAGAAUUAUCACAAGUGAUGAGAACAGCCAAGACAUUCGAAGUCGUCCCUCUGGCAGUGGUCUUGGUUCCUCUCAGAGUGUCCUGAGCCUGAAGGCAAAGCAGGCCUCUCCUCUAGCUGAUGGUGGCAGCAGGCUUGGCCAAAGCCAAGCCAUGUUCUCGGGCAUCCUAGGUCUGCCUCCCUACCAGCAAGAGCCCUGCAGGCCAGCCAUCAUUAGUGUGACGGAGAGCACUGAGAACCCUAGUGGCCAGCAAAACAUUUCAAUAAGCCGCAUUGUGCUAUCCUCUCCACAGUCCCCCAAUUUCAAUAUGCAGAAGUCAACCUUAUCACCAACGUCAAAGAUAUUUUCCAGAAGAAUAUAAGGAUUUAAGGUCUGUAGCUAUUGAUACAAUAUUUACUGAUUGUUUCUAUUUAUUUUUUCCCCCUCAAUAAGAGAUUCAGACACUUAGUGAAAUAUACACAUUAUUUCUGUUAUAAUUUGUUCAUAUGUUCAUAAUGUUCCAUGUUUCUUGAAUGCUAACUUAGGGAUAAUAAUUGAUAGGAUAAACAUGUAUAUAGAAGAGAGAAUUUAAGUUAAAGCAUUCACAUUCUUUUGUAAUUUUCUUUUUUUUUGUCAUAUAUCAUUAUUAGUGAUGUUUAACUUGUAUGUCGAAGUAAGAGAUACUGUAAUUUUUCUUUUUGAAAAACUAAUUUUAGAAAUUAAAUCUCAUUGUAUUAGCUAUUCAUUUUAGUUAGUAACAAAGCAAUAUGGAAACAGCAUUAUUUUAGAACUGAUAAGCACAUCCUAUGUGCUUCAUUAAGAAUUGUUUUUGUUUAUGGAGGCUGUCCUUUCCUUAGUCAUUACGAUCAUUAACCUUUGUUGUAUCUAUGUUGGCACACAUUCCUUAACUUGUAAGGUUUCUUCAUAAACUCUUUGCAUUUAUCACACAGAUUUCUUUUACUCAUUUCAUGUGUGAUUGGUAAUUCAUCCUUUGAAUAUCAUAGUGUGUUUGUCACCAUACAUUUAGUUAACAAUUUCGAUGAAAGACAGCAAAGCUUUAGUGAUAUAUGUACUGGUAAUUCAUUGUCAUGUGAUUGUAUGCCUGUAUGCAUUAUUUCCCCCUUAAACUUUCCUUCUCACCCCCUUUUUGGCUCUCUUUGUAUAUAAAUGACCUGAUUACCAAAAAAAAAAAAUGAAAAGGGAGUGGAAACAGUGUAAGAAGCUGAUGUAUGGUUUACUCUCCCCUUAAGUUCUCAUAACCAUAUAAUGUUUUUUCUCUCUCUCAAUUAAUAACUUGAGAGAUGGUACCAAACUCAACAGAACCAAAGUGAAUGAAAGUGUUGGAAAAAGUGGUUUCAGUCUUGACAUUACAAAAUACUGUGUGUUUGUUACCCUGUGCAGUAUGUGGUGUAUAGUGUUAUGAAAGUGGAGGUGAAACUUUUGUAAAUUGUAGAAUAGCUGAGUGUACAUGUCAAAAGUCAUUUUUAUAUAUCGUGAUAUUAUAUUCCAAAUAUAUUUACAUAUAUUUACUUAUUAAAAUGUAAGAUUUAUC